AUGGGAGUCCUUUCUCCUCAUAGAAUCCAACUAUCAUUCUUUUCCAUUGUCGUGUUGCUUUCUAUUCCUUGGUCAGCUUCAGCUGCAAAUUCAGCUCCCAACACUUUUGUUCAAUGCCUUCUAAACAACUCAGAGCCCUCUUACCCCAUAACAUCAGCAAUUUUCACACCAAACAACUCCUUAUUCUCUUCAGUCUUGGAAGCCUACAUCAGAAACCUUCGUUUCAACACCUCCACAACCCGGAAGCCAUUCCUUAUAGUGACCCCUUCUCAUGUUUCCCAUGUGCAAGCAGCCAUUGUUUGUGCAAAAAAGCACAAAUUGCUGAUGAAAAUCCGAAGUGGUGGCCAUGACUACGAAGGGUUGUCUUAUGUGGCUUCACAGCCACUCUUCAUCCUUGACAUGUUCAAUCUUCGAUCCAUUGAGAUUGACAUGAAAACCGAGACAGCGUGGGUCGAAGCCGGUGCAACGCUUGGUGAAGUUUAUUACAGAAUUGCUGAGAAGAGUAAAAUUCAUGCUUUCCCAGCAGGGGUUUGUCCCACUGUUGGGGUAGGAGGACACAUAAGUGGUGGUGGCUAUGGCAACAUGAUGAGAAAAUAUGGUCUCUCAGUGGAUAAUGUUAUUGAUGCACUAAUGGUUGAUGUUCAAGGUAGAUUACUUGAUAGAAAAUCAAUGGGUGAAGAUCUCUUUUGGGCCAUCACAGGUGGUGGUGGAGCUAGUUUUGGUGUGGUUCUUGCCUACAAAAUAAAACUAGUUCGAGUUCCCGAAACAGUCACUGUUUUCCGGGUUCCGAAAACGCUGGAGCAAAAUGCCACUGACAUAGUUUAUAAUUGGCAGCAUGUUGCACCAACCAUCAACAACAACCUUUUCAUUAGACUUGUCUUGAACGUUGUGAACGUUACACAAAAUGAAACAAAGACUAUAAGAGCAACCUUCGUAGCUCUAUUCCUUGGUGACUCCAAAAGCCUUGUUUCUCUCUUGAAUGACAAGUUCCCUCAAUUGGGUUUGAAGCAAUCCGAUUGCAUCGAAACAAGCUGGCUUGGUUCAGUGCUGUUUUGGACAAACAUCAACAUCACAGCUCCGGUUGAGGUUUUGCUUAAUAGACAACCACAAUCAGUCAACUACUUGAAAAGGAAAUCUGAUUAUGUUAAGAAAUCAAUUUCCAAAGAGGGUUUGGAAGGGAUUUGGAGGAAGAUGAUUGAGUUGGUGGAUACAUCACUGAAUUUCAAUCCUUAUGGUGGAAGAAUGGCUGAGAUUCCUUCAACAACAUCUCCUUUCCCUCAUCGAGCUGGGAACCUAUGGAAGAUCCAAUACCUAGCGAAUUGGAAUAAACCAGGGAAAGAGGUAGCAGAUCACUACAUAAACUUGACAAGAAAACUUCACAAGUACAUGACUCCUUUUGUCUCCAAGAAUCCUAGAGGGGCUUUCUUUAAUUAUAGGGACCUUGACUUAGGAAGUAAUAACUACAAUGGUAAAAAUAGCUAUGCUAAAGGGAGAGUUUAUGGAGUGAAGUAUUUCAAGGAUAACUUCAACAAGUUGGUUCAAAUAAAGACCAAGGUUGAUCCUGAUAAUUUCUUUAGGAAUGAACAAAGCAUCCCUAUGCUACCAUAUCAUAAAUUAUUAGAGUAA